AUGUCUGACUUCUUAGAUGCUACUGUGAAGAGAUCCCUUGAUACUCAUGCGGACUCACCUGAAAAUGCUACAAAGAAACAAAAAAUCGGCCAACGCAUCCUGAUAGAUAGCGGUAUUCAUGAAGCAGAUGUUGGUAUUACUUUGUUUUUAUCUCCAGACUUGCCAGGAUUUAGAGGCCAGAUCAAGCAACGGUAUACUGACUUUUUGGUCAACGAAAUAGAUCAAGAAGGCAAUGUCAUUCACUUAACAGAUAAAGGAUUUAAAAUGCCAAAGAAACCUCAACGCUCUAAAGAAGAGACCAGUGCAGAAAAAGAAGCUGAAGCGGCCAGGAGACAAGUAUUCGAAGUUGACCCUGAAUUGAGAAAGGAAUUGGUAGAAAUAUUUGGUGAAGAUGAUGUACUUAAGAUUGAAUGCGUUUACCGCAUUGCCAAUAAGAUGGAAACGGUAAAAAGUUUUGAAGAUAAAUCCGUUAGAACUAAAAUUCAUCAGUUGUUGCGUCAAGCCUUUGACAAUGAAUUAGAAUCGGUAACUACUGAUACUAACACUUUUAAGAUUGCAAGAUCCAGCAGAAAUUCAAGGACCAAUAAACAAGAAAAGAUAAACCAAACUAAGGACGCUAAUGGCGUGGAAAACUGGGGAUAUGGCUCCAGUAAAGAUUUUAUACAUUUUACUUUGCAUAAAGAAAACAAGGAUACUAUGGAAGCUGUUAAUGUUAUAACAAAGUUAUUGAGGGUUCCAAGUCGAGUAAUCAGAUAUGCAGGAACAAAGGAUCGUAGGGCUGUAACAUGUCAAAGGCUUUCAAUUUCGAAGAUUGGUUUGGAUAGAUUGAAUGCUUUGAAUAGAACUUUGAAAGGAAUGGUUAUCGGGAAUUACAAUUUUUCGGAUACAAGUUUGAACCUUGGUGACUUAAUGGGUAACGAAUUCGUUAUUGUUAUAAGAGAUAUUUCCGUCAGCAACGGUGAGGUUGAUUUAGAAGAAACUAUAUCCAAUGGUUGUAAAUCAUUAACAGAAAAUGGUUUUAUUAAUUAUUUUGGUAUGCAAAGAUUCGGUACAUUCAGUAUUUCUACACAUACAAUUGGUAGAGAAUUACUUCUGUCAAACUGGAAGAAAGCUGCUGAGUUAAUUUUAUCUGAUCAGGAGAAUGUGCUCCCAAAAUCUAAGGAAGCCAGAAAGAUUUGGGCAGAAACUAAGGAUGCUGCUUUAGCCUUGAAACAAAUGCCGAGGCAAUGUCUUGCAGAAAAUGCCUUGCUUUAUUCUUUAUCCAAUCAAAGAAAAGAAGAAGAUGGAACUUAUUCUGAAAACGCUUAUUAUGCUGCCAUAAUGAAAAUUCCAAGAAACUUAAGAACCAUGUAUGUGCAUGCUUACCAAAGUUACAUCUGGAACUCUAUUGCUAGUAAGCGGAUAGAACUACAUGGCCUGAAGCUAGUUGUUGGUGAUCUUGUUAUAGAUAAUACCGAAAAUCCCGUAUCAACCACCGGAGUCGACGAUGAAAACUUUGAUGAAGACGUUCGUGAAGAUCAAUUUAUCCGUGCGAAAGCAGUGACUCAAGAGGAUAUUGACUUAGGUAAAUAUACCAUGGAAGAUGUCGUCUUGCCUUCUCCAGGUUUUGAUGUGCUUUAUCCUUCCAACGAAGAAUUGAAGCAGUUGUAUGUUGAUAUGUUGAAAGUCGAUAAUAUGGACCCAUUUGAUAUGAGGAGAAAGGUACGUGAUUUUUCAUUGGCUGGUUCUUAUAGAAAUGUUAUUCAAAAACCAAAGAGCUUGGAUUAUAAAGUAAUUCACUAUGAUGAUCCUUCUCAACAACUAGUUAACACUGAUUUGGACAUCUUAAAUAACACAAGAGCGAAAGAGAGUGGACAAAAGUAUAUGAAAGCCAAGUUAGACAGAUAUAUGCCAGACAAAGGUGGUGAGAAGACAGCGGUAGUGUUAAAGUUUCAAUUAGGAACCUCCGCCUAUGCUACCAUGGCUCUACGCGAACUCAUGAAGCUCGAGACCUCUCGCCGUGGUGAUAUGUGCGAUGUUAAGGAGAAUUUCUAA